GGACUCUUGGCUACCAACGACUAUACUUUGAAUCUCUUAUGCUACUAUCAGGAUGUCCAAGCUUUUAUCAUCAAGGAAGCUUCCGGCAGUCUACCUGAGUCUUGUAUUCAUGAGGAUUGGUUUUGCGCUGUUUGGAACUGGCUACAUUCACCCGGACGAGUACUUCCAGAAUGGCGAAGCUGUAGCUGGCCAGACUCUUGACUUGCAUACCUGGUCAACGUGGGAGUGGGACCCAUUCUUCCCAUGUCGUUCGAUCGUUCCGGCUUGGGUGACAACUGGGAUACCGUUCAAGAUGGUCGAGGCUCUCUCGCGAGGGGGUCCACCGUCCCCAAGAGCAGUCUUUGCGGCGGAGCGACUAUCAUUGCUCUCCUUGUCAUUCCUACUUGACUAUGCCAUAUACCACCUCAUCCAUCCAUCCUCUCGCCCGUUCGCUUUGGUAUUGCUGGGAUCGUCCUACGUCAUGCAUACCUAUCAGGUCCGACCGUUCUCAAACUCCAUCGAAAGUAUCCUUGUGGCUCUAUCUCUCCUACUCUUGCGAAAGCUGCUCCUGGAUGAGAGCACAAGGACACCUACCAAGACAGGCAGUGGUAGCCUGGCAUUACUCGCUUUUGUCACGGUCUCUGGCCUAUUCACCCGGAUAACCUUUGUUGCGUUUUUCUUGCCGGUCUUCCUCGAGGUUUUGAAGUGGAGCCUGCGGCAGUCGAGGUUCUCACUUGGCUCCUGGGUACAGCUCGUUGUUCCAUCGGUGCUCGUAGCAACGCUCACAGGCCUGGGAUUCGUGUGUGCAGACACGUAUUACUUCGCUUACCCCCAGCGCAUAGCAUCGUUCGAAUUGACCCCUCUCAACUUCCUGCGCUAUAAUCUUCUUCCUUCCAACCUCGCUGAACACGGUCUGCACCCGCGCUGGUUACACCUCGUCGUGAAUCUCCCUAUGAUCGCUACUCCUGGCCUGCUCUUCUACGUGUUCUGGACCGAAUGGGAUCAAUCAUACCCUCGCACUGCUGAGAAGAGCAGAGGCGAAGACAAAGUCAAGCGCGGCGUUCUGGAGACAAUGCAAAAAGCGCUCGUCUGGGUCAGAUGGUCGGGAACGACGUUGCUGUCCGUUCAGCCACAUCAGGAGCCUCGUUUCUUGAUCCCCCUCAUCACGCCAAUGGUAGCCCUCGUGGUUGGCAACGGUCGUAUCCUACGCGCGGGCAAGCUCUUCUGGAGCACAUGGAUCGUGUCGAACCUUACCCUCGCUGUACUCUUUGGCGUCCUGCAUCAGGGAGGCGUGGUACCGUCUCUGUUUCGAGUGCACGAUCUCGUUUACGACAGCGCCACCGGGGUGAUAACGCAAGACUACCGCAUAAUUUAUUGGAAGACGUAUAUGCCGCCCCGUCACCUCUUGGCAGUACGACAAUCAGAUUAUGCAUCCAAGGCUGUCGAAAUCCUGGACUUCGCCGGUGCACCUAGUGACAAUGUCAUCGGAGGAUUUCAGCGCCCCCAUCCUACUUCAAGAUCUUUAUCAACCCUACUCGUCGCGCCCUUCCACUCGAUGGGUGACUUUGAAAAAGCCGCACGGGCUUGUCUGAACGAACGUGAUCGCGUGUUUCCACACCUUGACUUGGAUCACAUCGGCGAGGCGGUCAAGAUCGGAUGGAGGGACGGCCUGAGUCUCGGGAUUUUUGAGGUAGACGAAGCCUGCUUGAACGAUACUGUUUCGGCAUAGUGGAUGAUACAGAACAGUGUUUGCGUUGGCGUUGGCAGCGAUUGCACGGUGACGUCGGAAGUACGGAUAUUAUUGGCAUGUCAAGUCGUGGUUCCCGCUGGAUUGGCGCUGGAGGCGGCAACUCGGUACUCAGGUUCGAGAAGACAUGGCACUGUUGAUUAGCUCGACUGGCCCUAGCCAAGUCUCUAAGAACUACAUGAGAGGAUGUUCGUGGCGCCUCAAUCGGUAUAUCCGGACUCGAUGAACCUGGUAGUCGCUACCUCUUCUGCAGGCUCGUCUAGGUUGCCUCACGACUGCCUUAUAAGCGCACCUUCUCCGCACGAUGCUGUGAACGGAUCCUCUGUUCCGCAGUGAGGCGAACACGCAGUGGGGGUCGCGGGGAGUCGCUAACGCUGCGACGCUGUUCGGGCGCUCGACGAUCGACUUGCAGCCACCAUGCCUCACCUGCAUUGCAUUCCCUACAUAUGAGCACGGUGGGCAUCCGGCUCCCUUGUCCCGCUUACUGACCUCUCAUUCCCUAGUAUCUCGCUACCCGCGUCGUUGGCGGGUCAAUGGAGCCAAUCAGCCGACUUCCUUCCCCCUGGGGACCUGACUCGAGCCCAGCUCCCUCUCCAGGGCCCCCUCCUAGUCCCGCAUACUGGAUGCCAUACGAGUGGACGCCUGGUUCUCGCAAGGAACCCACUCACGCGCGCUCCCUCCCGCUUAUCCCUCCAAAUGGCAUGCAUCCAGCGCUGCGCACAAACACGACUUUUUCGCCCCUCCCAGAGCACCCUGAUUUCUUACGCGGCCUCCAGUCGCACCCCCUGAUAAUCCAAGGCGGCGACUACAGCAAUCGCACCCCCAGCCCAUCCAGCCCAUCGUCAUCCAUGGAAGUCGUCCAGCACCCACAGCUCGACAAUAAACCCGUUCCCUUUCCCAUGAGCUCUGGCUUCACCUCUCCAGAACUGUUCUCAAGUCCUCGCCCUCUCCCAAGCAUCGGCAGCUCUGCGCUCGGUGUUCGGAGCCUUCCGACCACGAACCAGUCGAGCCCAGCUCGGACACCUAACCCCGCGCCGGUCUCCCGUGUCCCAGCUCUCCCUUCUUUCGCGUCCCCUCCACCGCCGCCGCCACUCAUCCCCCACCCUGUGCGUAACUCUGGCCAUAUCCAGCUCAAGAUGCCGGUUCCGCCCAGCAAGAAGGGCGCUCCCGCCUCACGACCUAGAUUGCCGGCCUUGAGGCGAUCGGUGGAGAACGUCGCCGCAAUGGGGUCACGGCCGCAAUCAACAGAGUCCACAAGUUCCGGGAGUACAAAUCGCACGAAACGGUCGAAGUUCUACAUGCAGGAUGGCAUGGUCGUUCUCAAGGUUGAGGGCACGUUGUACAGAGUGCACAAGUAUUUGCUCGAGCAACACUCUGACUUCUUCCGAGGGUUGUUAUCGGACGAAGUUGACGCUAUGGGGCACUCGGACGAUCGUCCCAUUCCCCUACCAGACAGUAUCACUCAGCAGGCGUUCGACAGUCUCUUGGGAUUCAUGUAUACUGGUGUCUUCGACCCAACGUCCGUUUCACUGUCGGAUUGGGUCAGCAUCCUGCGUAUCUCUACCCUUCUCCAAUUCACGAAGAUGCGACAAUACGCCAUCCGCGAGCUUUCGGCGAGGAGAGCGUCCCUAGUGCCUGUUGAGGCAAUCCUCCUAGCCAAAGAACACGACAUCCCUUCGUGGCUGGGUCCAGCGUACGCGGAGCUCGUUCGGCGUUCCACGCCUCUCGAUGAUACGGAGGCGGAGAGCUUGGGAGUACGAGUGACCGCGCAGAUCAGUCGAGCGCGCGAGAUGCUGAGGGCCGAGGAGUACGCGCUUCACCAGCAGCGUCGAUAUGGCUCAAGGUACACCCCUCCUGAGAGGCCAGAUGAACAGCUAGUCGCUCGGGCGGUGAAUGAGGUUUUCCAGCUGGCUGGAUCACAGUGAACGUGCUUCCUAUGCUACGUCGUGCCGGGAAGGUUGCUGCGGACAGUUUAGGCAAUCGAGUCUCUUUGACGUUCUUCUCGUAACAAUAGUUUCCCAGUUCCUUUCUUCGCAAAUGAGAUUCCAAUAGUAGCGCGGCAUUACUUAGUCUGGGAUAUCAGUAUGGAUAUGCGAC